CUAUUCAAAUCUUCUCAUCGCAAUCGAUCCUCAAGUGGAAGAGAAUCCGACCAUCAUCGAUAAUCUCAAAACUAUGUUUACAUCAGCAUCCCAGCGUCUCUACCAGGCCAGUAAGCAGCACGUCUACUGGGAACACAUCAAGAUCCUCGUUCCAAACACCUGGUCCAUCCAGUCCCAGUACCAGUCCGCGAGAACCGAGACCCUAAGGUCUGCCAACAUCAUCGUCCACGAGUUUGAGGAUGACGAGCCAUUGGUGGACAACCUAGCAGGUUGCGGGAAGGAAGGGAGUCUGAUGCAUAUGACACCCAAGUACAUCAUUGAUGAAGAGUAUAGAGAAGACAAGUUUGGCAACACAGAUCGCGUCCUCGUCCGUAGCUGGGGAUACUACCGGUGGGGGUUGUUCAAGGAGCACUAUGACGGCAAAGGAGGGGGUGCUCCUGCCUACGAUUCGCCAUACGGUGGCACAGAAGGGACCCGUUGCUCGCUCAAGAUCAAAGGAAGCCUUGAGAUGCCAGGAGGCAGUCCUUGUCAGAGAAACCCUAACUCUGGUUAUCAUCCCGACUGCCGCUUCGUUCCCGAGACUCAAGGACAGACAGCUACAGCAUCGUUGUUGUUUGCACCGAGAGGUGCUCACAUACAUUCGGUCGAGGAUUUCUGUGAGGAGGAUUCUGACCCGGAUAGCGUACACAAUCCGUUGGCUGUAAACCUCAUGAACAUCAAUUGUGGGGGCGACAGUGCAUGGAAAGUCAUGCUAGACAGAACAACGGACUUCCAGGAUGGUGUAUCAUUAAUAUCUAACACCACACCCAGGUUUGAAGUCCUUCAGGUCUCUUUGGUCAGAAGUGUCGUCCUUGUGCUUGACAUCAGUGGUAGUAUGGCAGGGAAUCGAUUUGAUCGAAUGAUUCAAUCAUCUAUUCAUUACAUUAUGAAUAUAAUUCCGGAAAACAGCAAACUCGGAAUCGUUACUUUCUCAACUGACGCCGCAGUAAGAGCCUCUCUUACGGAUAUCACCGAUACGUCUUCGCGAGAAGGACUCGUCAACAACUUACCUUCAGGAACAACUGGUACCACCUGCAUUGGAUGCGGGAUAUUAAAAGGCAUCGAGGUACUUGGAUCUUUUGCAGAGGGUGGAUACCUCUUACUCCUCAGUGACGGUGGUGAGAAUGUAUAUCCGUACAUUGAAGACACGUACGAUGACAUUGAAGAAGCAGGUGUCAUCAUUGACACCAUCACCAUAAGCAACGCAGCCGAUCCGAAAAUGGAGGAUCUAUCAGCAAGAACAUCAGGCUUAUCAAGCUUUUGCUCGGACACUGGGACUGGACCGUGUCUGCAGCAAGCAUUCCAGAGAACAAUUACAGAGAGGCCCGAUAUUGGCACGGAAACAGUCCCAACACAGAUAUACGUUGACGAUCUCCUCAUCAAGCCCAUUCCCGGUAUCUACAGUAUACCCGUGGUCAUCGACGAGGGCCUCGGCAACGAUACGGUCGUCACUGUGGCAUGGACGCAGGGCGGUAAUCUGUUACAUGUCAUACUCACUGGCCCAAACGGUACUACGAUCGACCGUAAUUAUCCUGGUUAUCAUCACGAUAACGCCAAUGAUCUCAUCUCCAUAAACAUUCCUUUUACCCAGGCUGGUUUGUGGAAUUUAACCAUAAAGUUCAUACAAGUUGAGGAUCAUGCUAGCAUUUCUGUAACUUCUAAACCAACGACUCUAGACUAUUCACCAAUCACAGUAACGGCAUUGUUAGGAUCACCUGAGGUAAAUUUCACCCAGAAUCCGGCCUUAGCUAUAUAUGCAUUGGUACAAAAGGACUAUCUACCCGUUCUAAAUGCUGACGUCACGGCUAUUAUUUCGGACUCGUCCUCAACGACCACAAAGGAGCUACUUGAUAACGGAGCAGGAUCUGACUUAUCCAAGGAUGACGGUACAUAUUCAGGAUAUUUUCUAGACUUCACCUCUAAUGGCAGAUACAACGUCAAGAUCGAUGCCCUUGGAUAUAGUACCAUGGUGGAAUCUCCAGAUAUUUUAAGAGUUAAAAGGGACGCCCAGUUCGAAGGAUUGGAGGAAGCAACUGCUCCUUCCUUCAUGCGUACAGCCUCGGGAGGAGUCUUCAAAGUCGAAGGCUACUCACCAAACGCUACGGACAUCCUGCCACCUUCUCGUAUCCAGGACCUGGUGUAUACCUCAUUUUCAUACGAUAACAGCACAGUGACACUCAGCUGGACUGCUGUAGGAGAUGACCUAGACCAAGGAACGGCGUUCAAAUACGAAUUUCGCUAUUCAACGAACUACUCCUCUGUCAGAACGAACUUCAGCAACUGCGUUGAGAUCACACAGGAUGAGCUCGUCUACGGGAACCUCUCUAACAUCAACCCAUCAGGGGUUACUGAAACCAUCACCGUUACUCUUCCUGAAAGAGGACAAGAUAUUGUCUACUACUUCGCAAUUAGGGCUGGGGACGAGACCGGGAAUGUAGGGGAGUUGUCCAACAUAGCCUCCUUGUCGAUCCGGUAUAUACCGGUUACCAAGGAUCCAACCAAACCGGAUAACCUCGGUAUCAUCAUUGGGGUAUGCUGUGGAGUCGGUGCUUUGAUCAUCCUAGGAGCUAUAUUGCUUUACAUUCAUCACCGGAAGUCAAGCAAGGUACAGGUUGGACCAGAGAAACCAGAAGAAGGGCUACCAACUACAACUGUAGAGCACGACGAUCCAAGCAUUGAUAAUCCUAUUUAUUCUACAAAGUAAUUUGCGAUUAGUACCAUAGAAAGAAUUGGUUAUCGAAAAAUAACUUUCGUGAACACCGUUUUGGAGCAUUUAGUGUUCAUAUCUCCCUUAGUGGCUAAUGCAGUGUUACGGCAUAUGCUCCUGUGACAUAAAUAGUUCCGGUCAUAAAAUCUCAGUUGAAAAAGGUUUUGCUUACAAGGAAUUUAAAGAUAAGGGUUUACUGUGUAUAGUUUUGGAGGUUGAGUUUCGGCUUAACUACUGUGCAGAUUUUCCAUUGGAGAGAUUGUCGCAAGAGCAAAAUAAUAGAACUGAUCCAGCGGCGGUUCCAUGAUAUUUGCUCCGGCGCCAGUUGCUCCGCGGCGCCCUAAAUUUCAAAAACUAAUCGAAUGACCAACUUCACUAUACUCUAUCCUAAACCUAACAUAAAAUCAUAUUUCAACACUUACCCUAAAACUACAUCGAAGACGACAUGAAGCCCGGAGCAAUUGUCAAAGGGGAAAAUAACUUGU